UUGUAUAUUUCUUAUCUUGGCUGCGACUCAGCUGGCUCAAAGCUAUCAACUACCUUCUGGUGUGGAGAAAUGUAAAUUCUCAGAUGACAAUUGCCUUACCAAGUUUUUUAAUUAUUUGACAACCCAUUAUGGUAAGAAGGGUCUGCCUGAAAUCAAUAUUCCUCCGUUGGAUGCUCUGGAAGUUCGUGAUGCGGCACUCGUCAAUGAAGAUGAGAAGAAAGCCAUUUGGUAUCAGGUGAAAGUUAGAAAUGUUAUGGUCUACGGCUGGGAGAAUACAACAUUCACUAAAGUUAAGGGAAAUUGGAACAAAAAGUCAUUUGAUAUAUAUGGUAAAAUACCGAGACUUGCGGCCAAAUUGGAUUAUAGCUUUGCCACAAAAUUUAUUGCCUUUGUCUUUAAUGCUACGGGGAAUGGAACAGUAGAAAUUCAGAAUUUCCAAUUUAUUAUAAAAAACAAUUUUGUGGUCAAUCAUGGAUAUUUUAAGCUGUAUAAAGUGGGUUUGACUACCCAAGUUAGUCGAGGCAUAUUUGAUUUGACAAAUACAAAUUCGGAUAAUACAGAUCUGGCAAUUGUGGUCAAUCAGCUGUUAAAUGAAAGUUGGCAAGAGAUUUGGCCUGAAGUAAAGCCCAUUUUUGAAAACCUGUUGCGAGAAAAUUUUGUUCAAAUGGCAAAUAAUAUGUUGUCUUCAGUAACGUAUGAGGAUUUGUUUUUGCCUGAAGAUACGGUUAUGGAUAAUUUAAAAUAAAUGGAUAAUGCUCAUAAAUCUAAAUCAAUUAGAAUUUGCAUUCUCAAAAUAUUUAUUAUUAAUACAUGAUAUUGGCUAAUGCAUACGUCUAUAUACAUUCUGAAUUAAGUAAACUAUUUUAACAUUAGGCACUAGAAUUGAAAAAAUAAUCUUGCCUCUCUGAGAUCCCUGGACCAAAUUUCUACUAUGUUCUUAAAGUUUAAAAAUGAACGAGUAUUCAAAAGUCUUAAAUGUAAAUUAAAAC